AUGUCUGGAAAGCAUCCACAUACAAUUCUGACUGACGAAGAUGCGGCAAUGGCUAAGGCGAUCCGUUCAGUCCUGCCUCACUCUCACCGUAGACUUUGUGUGUGGCAUAUGAAUCAAAAUGCUAUCAAACAUCUUGGUGGAGUUGUUACAGAUUACAAGAAGUUCAAUGCUGAUUUUCAGCAUUGUAUCUAUGAUAUUGAGGAGGAAGAUGAAUUUAUAAGUGCAUGGAAUGAAAUGCUUGACAAGUAUGGACUCCGGGACAAUGCAUGGCUCCAAAGGUUAUUUGAGCAUUUCGAACGUCUAGUUGCAGAUAAAAGAUUUGAAGAGGUGAGAUGUGACUUCAAAGCAACACAAAGUACUCCUAAGCUGAAGGCAGAAAGCUAUAUGUUAAGGCAAGCAUCAACUACAUAUACUCCACCAAUAUUCAAGAUGUUUCAGGAACAAGUGCUUCGGACCUUAAACUAUGAUACAUUCCUUUGUGAUGACAGUGACACCGAGGAGAAGGUUUACAAAGUAAAAUUUCAUGGUACAGAGCGUGAUCAUGUUGUUAAAUUUUUUCCAAAAGAAGAAAAGGUCAAUUGCAGUUGCAAGAAGUUUGAAUUUGCUGGAAUUCUUUGCUCUCAUUCCUUGAAGGUACUUGACAUUAAUAAUAUCAAGCACAUCCCUCAACAGUACAUCUUGAAAAGAUGGACAAUUGAUGCAAAAGUUUUGGAUAUAACAAGCAACUGCAACCUUCAUGAAGACCGCAAAACAAUACUGACAAAACGCUAUAAAGAGUUGUGCAGAAUGUUUAUCCAAAUAGCUGCUCGAGCCGCAGAGUCUGAAGAGUCAUACUUGAUGGCUGCUAAUUAUGCAGAGAAAUUAGCAGAAGAGGUGGAGAAAUGUCUAAAACAUAGAUCUGAUCCAGAUAUAGGUAACUCUGUUUGUUCACAAGGUAUGUACAUUCAGUUUUAUGCUCUCAUCAAGCUUAAAUUUAUAUUUAAUUUUAUAGUUGCAGACUCAAACAAUAUCACGACUACAAGUUCAGAACAAAAUGAGAGGCCUACCAAGCCAAAAGGAAUGAAGGUCAAGGAGAAGACGGCUCGAGGAUCAAACAGACAUCCAGAUAUAUGUAACUCCCUUGGCACAAGGUCUGUAAGUUUAGUUUUAUGAUCUCAUCAAACUAACCUAUGUUUGCUUUUAUAGUUACAGACCCGAACAUUAACUCGUCUACAAGUUCAGAACAAAAUGAGGGAUUUGCCAAUCCAACAGGUAACAAGGUUAAAAAGAAGACUGUUCGAGGGUCAAGUAGACCCGCUAAUAUGGGUGUGUAGUUUUAUAAUGUUAUCAAACUUGAAUUUUAUUUAAAUAUAUAUUUGCAGAACGAAACAUUAACUCAUGUACAAGUUCAAAACAAAAUAAGGGGCUUGCUAAGCCAAAAGGUAUCAAGUUGAAGGAGAAGACUAUUCAAGGAGCAAGUAGACCUAUUGGUGGCUUA